UAUAAAUGUGUAUGAAUACGAGGAGAGCUAUUCAUCGAAAUGAAAUUUAAAUGUACUGAGUCUACUGACUUGUUACCAUCAGAUCAUGAACCACAUUAACUCCAACCAAGAAGGCAAAGACAAAGGUGGUGGUUGUUGUUGUUGCUGUCAGAUCACGGAUUCACUUUCACCAAAUAAAGAAUUGGUUAAUCGGUUUGAAUCAAAAGUAGAGAUUAGACAACAAGUUAUGUGUUGUUAUUAAAAGAAACUUACACAAAUCCAUAACUACAUGAGCCUACAAUUAAUAGAGAUAUUCUAGUUGGGUGGAAUGUUGAUCCAAUUUGUUGAAUCAUGUAUGUGAUCACAACCGCGUGAACUAGCAGAUCCAAGAUCCCAAUGACAACGGGAUUUAUUAUGCGUUUCAAUGUUAGCCACUGGAAAAAGUUUGUGACAUAUAUUUAGCGAAGGACCAGGCAAAGAGCUCAUGACACAAACUGCAUAUCUAGUCAAAAGACAAGGCCUAAUGUGAAGGUCUCACUGAAUGCUUUUAGAACAAACAAAGACACAUAGCAGAUGAAUAGGGAUAACCUCAACGUUCCUACACUUUACUUGACCAGGCCUUCUUCCAGAAAAUGUUUCAUAGAGACCCAUGUGUCCCCGUAGUGAACUAACUAGCUGACCAUAAAAAGAAGUAGUGAUAGUAGAAUAGUUUUAGCUCUUAGGAAUGCUACUCCUUGAUAUCCUCCUAGGAGCCUGUAGGUUCACACAAGCCAUAACUUAGGGGGCCUUGGGGGCACUAGAGUAAGAAAAAUGGACAAUGACCACCCUAUUCCUCUUCCCCUGUUUAGAGCAAAUAAGAGAUUAAUUAGGGUGUACUUUAAUAGAGCACGAUUACAAUGAACAAACACUUCUAUGUAAGGAACUAAAACAACAGAAUCCACAUAGAUCAUCUUGGCAAUUCGAUACACAGGGCCACUUAAUUAGUCAUAGUUGCUAAUUAAACGUUUAUUAAAAACUAGCAGGCCACCAUACGUUUAUAGCAGGAUCUUGGCUUGGACCAUACUCAUGAGCAAGGAGUCUCAUAUGUAUACAAGUUUUACAACAUAUUCUAAAAGCUAGCACUGAGAAACUCACCAAGGUUGGUUUGUCUGCGAAACAUUGAACCGUGACGGCUUAAUUUACACACAAAAGUCAUGAAAAGUAGAUUAAUUCAAAAAUAAUUUUAAAUUCAAAGAAAAAAAUUUACAUUUUAGCAAAUUAUUCGAGAUUAUCGAUUGGAUUUAAUAGGAUUUCUUAUAAAAUUAUAUCUUACAUAUAAAUCAGUUUUUUUUUUUUUUCAUUUUUAUGGUAUUUUAAAGAGAUUAAAAACAAUAUAUUAAUAAUAUUUGGAUCAAUCAAUCAUAAAUAAAAUAAAAAAGGUCGGCAUCGUCGUCGCUAUAUCCUGUCAUCAUCUAGGGUUCUGCUGCUUCUUCUUCUCCGAUAUGUAUUGAUUCUCUCAGUAGGAGAAGCUCGCUCGCUAGGAUUAGGGAAUCGUGAUUGACAAUCUUAGUUCGCCCUCGUUCUGUAGUUAAAAGGAAUCAGUUAGGGUUUUGUAGACUUGAUUGGGGAUUCGAUUAUGGAUACUAAUCAAGCUCCUGGAACCGACGAUCUUAAUAAAGUUGCAGAUAAUCCUUCAGGUGAUUCAAUGUUUGAUGCAUCUCAGUAUGCGUUUUUUGGGAAUGAUGUUGUGGAGGAGGUUGAGCUUGGUGGAUUGGAAGAGGAAGAUGAGAUUUUGUCUCUCAAUGGGAUAGGGGAAGGCUUUUCAUUUGACAAGGAAGAGGUUGAAGAUUCUAGACCUCUGUCGGACGUUGAUGAUCUUGCUACUACUUUCUCAAAGUUGAAUAGGGAUCCUGAGGUCAAUAGAAACACGGGACCAGUCAUUGAUAGGCGACCGAGACAGAAUUCUUUAGCACCUGACUGGACUUAUAGGGAGGAGAUACCAGAUUGGUAUGGCCAGCAGUUACUGGACUCUGAUGCCAUUAAAGAUGACAAGGCUUGGUCGGGACAACCUUUCUCUGCUCUGGACCCUAAAAGAACAACACAACAUCCCGAACCACAACGUCAGCUGCAUCAAAACCACAAUCAACAACAGUUUCCCAGUGAUCCUAUUCUUGUCCCGAAGUCAUCUUUUGUUUCAUACCCUCCUCCAAGCAGCAUAUCACCAGAACAGCGUUUAGGACACCCAAAUGUUGUACCAUAUCAUUCUGGUGGGGCUCAAAUGGGAUCGCCAAACUUUUCUCAGUUCUCAACUGUGCAGCCUCAGUUGGCUGGCAUGCAUCAGUUUCGUCCAGAUCUUCCCCUGAAUAACCGCCCUCCGGCUCAAUGGAUGAAUAACGCGUUGCUACAACAGCCGUCUCAUCAAAACGGUUUGAUGCCCCCUCAGUUGCAGGGAUCUCAGAAUAGGUUACAACAUCCAAUGCAGCCUCAGUUAUUUAAUCCUCAUCUUUCUCGAUCAUCAUCCUCUGGAAGUUAUGAUGGAAUGCUUGGGUUUGUUGAUCCGAGGGAAGCAAGACCAGGGUCGGCUCAAGGCAACAGACAGAACAUGCGUUUUCAUCAACAAGGCUUUGAUGGUGGCGUUCAGAGGAGAAAUAGCGGAUGGCCUCCAUACCGGUCCAAAUAUAUGUCAGCAGGCGAGUUAGAGAAUAUAUUGAGAGCGCAGCUUGCUGCCACACACAGCAAUGAUCCUUACGUUGAUGACUACUACCAUCAAGCAUGCCUUGCGAAGAAUUCUGCAGGUGGGAAACUGAGACAUCAUUUCUGUCCAAAUCAUUUGAGGGACCUGCUCCAUCCACGUGCACGGACAAACAACGAGCCCCAUGCGUUUCUUCAGGUUGAUGCUCUUGGUAGAGUUCCUUUCUCUUCGAUCCGCAGGCCUCGGCCCCUUCUUGAAAUGGACCCUCCAAACUCAGCUAAAUCUGGUGAUUCGGAUAACAAAGCUACCGAUAAGCCCCUUGAUGAAGAACCUAUGCUUGCAGCUAGAGUGUGCAUUGAGGACGGUCUUAACCUCCUCCUCGAUGUCGAUGACAUUGAUCGUUUCCUACAGUUUAGCCAGCUCCACGACGGAGGAAACCAGUUGAAACAAAAACGGCACGCGUUGCUGGAAAGCCUCGCCGUUUCGCUGCAGCUCUUUGAUCCCCUAGCCAAGAAUGGGCAAAGCAGGUCCCAGGAUGAUUUCAUCUUCCAAAGGAUCAUCUCUCUUCCAAAGGGUCGGAAGCUACUCGUAAGGUAUCUUCAGCUUAUCUUCCCUGGCAGCGACCUAAUGAGGAUAGUCUGCAUGGGCAUUUUCCGUCACUUGAGAUCACUCUUUGGAACCAUCUCACCCGAUCCUGAUAUCGCCAAAACCACAAACAAGCUCGCAAACGUUGUGAACUCGUGCAUCCACAAGAUGGAGUUGGGACCCAUAAGCGCGUGCCUAGCAGCGGUCUCCUGCUCUUCCGAGCAGCCACCGCUCCGUCCUUUAGGCACUCCUGUUGGAGACGGAGCUUCCACGGUGCUGAAAUCUACGCUCGACAGGGCUUCAGAGCUUCUCCGGGGUAAUAACUUCAACACCGCGGGCAUGGCUCUGUGGCGUGCUUCCUUCAACGAGUUCUACAACCUUCUGAUGAGGUAUUGCAUCAGCAAAUACGACGGUAUCAUGCAGAGUUUGAAUUCGCAGUUGCCUCCAGAGUUUGCGGGUGAGAUAUCUGACGCAGCUGCGCAAGCCAUUGUCCGCGAAAUGCCUAUUGAGCUUCUGCGUUCGAGUUUCCCACAUAUUGGUGAGCAGCAGAAGAGGUUACUGAUGGAGUUUUUGAAACGAUCUAUGCUCGGAAGCCAGAAAACAGAGCAGCCAGUCCUAAGCUGAUAGUAUCCAGAUUCAAACAGUAUAGAAUCAAGACACCAUAUCUCGCGCGUGUCUGUAUAUGAAGCAUAAGAUCAUGCAGAUAACGUUACAAGAAAGGUUAGAGAGAAUCAGUUCAAACAGUUUUUAUUUUUUGCAGCAGAGAGAAAGAGGAGUUAUAUGUGAAGUUUGGUCUCUGUACAGAGAAACUAAGUCUUUUAGCUUUUGCAGAACUUUGUAGCCAAGUCAUUGUGUGUCUUCUGUCUUCCCGUCUAGGUCAUCUCAUUGUGGUUUUCUUGUUUUCUCAUUUUUUUCUCAUUUUUGCAAACCUUUUUCAUGUUUUUGAUAAAUUCUCUUUCUUUUUUUCUUUAUAUGUUUUAAUAAAUAAAACAUUUGGGGUUA